AUGGACAAAUCCAGGCCCGGCGCUCCAGCAAGCGCAUCUCGAGGGCCGUCUACUCGGCCUGUGAAAAGGGCCUGUGUGGAUUGCCAUGCCCGCAAAGUCAAGUGCGACGGCGCCAUCAACGGGUUCCCUUGCAGCAAUUGCAAGUCGGCCAGUGUUCAAUGCACCGUGGCAGAGCGCCGGAAGCGCAAGCGCGGCAACAGCAACGGCCACGAUGCACGGCAAGCCGCUCACCUUGCAGAGAGUCCUCAAGCCCGCUUUCCAGAGGCCCGGAGCCAUGAGACUGCGGAAGGGGAAGGAGAUGGGGAAGGCGAAGGGGAAGGCAGUCCCAAGCCGACCGCCCCCGGGUACGAAGGUGACUUCGAGCUGGCCAAAGAACAUCUCGUCGACUUCUUCACCCAAGAUCUCCAGUGCAACCCGAUCCGAGCCCGGUCGACCUACGUGGGGAGCGAACUGGCCAAUCUGAACUACCUCACGCGCCAAAGAUCGGCCAACCACCACGUGUAUCACUACCCUUGCUCCGACAUCUACGUUCCGCGCGGCUUUAGGAACUCGCAGGGCCCGGCGACGCCGAAUCUCAUCCCCAAGGACGCAUUUGUGCUGCCCCCGGCCCACGUGUCGGAUGCGCUGAUAGCAGACUACUUUGCUUCCGUCCACCCGGGCUUCCCCAUCAUUGACAAAGACAAGUUUCUGGCCCAGUACCACCAGUCCAAGUCGUCCCCUCCCAUUCUUCUCCUCCAGGCCGUCUGCUUGGCGGGGAGCCACGUCACCACGUCGUUCAAGAACGUCCAGGACUUGAAGGCGGCGUUCUUUCGUCGGGCCAAGGCGUUGCUCGACGGCCGAUACGAGGCGGAUCGAAUGCAUGUGGUACAAGCGGCAUUGCUGUUGACCUGGUUUUCUGAUGGCGGGGACGAUAUCUGUGCAAAUGCUUGGUGGUGGAUUGGCGUCGCUGCGAGGACCGCCAUCGGACUCGGGAUGCAUCGCGAGGUCGGCCAUAGCAUGAUGCCGGACACGGACAAGCGCAUUUGGAGGAUGAUCUGGUGGUGUCUGGUUCAAUUUGAUUGUUUGGUGUCUCUAUUUUACGGUCGGCCACAGUCUAUCAACUUGGACGACUGUGAUGUGCCCCCUCUUCAACCGGACGACUUCGACUCGUCGAUCGAUCCUACGCCAGCCGCAUUUGUCAUUCAACAUGCGAAGCUCUGCGCUACCAUCUCGGAGCUGGUGCGAUCUCACUUCUCUGCAAAAGCCAGCCGAUUGGGCAUCAGCAGGAGUGAUGCGCUGGAGGUGGUGGACCGCGCAUUGGCCGAAUGGUCGAUGCAUCUACCUCCCGUGCUUCGUGAAAGCUCUACCGGGUUAAUGAUGGAUACCAGCCCUUGGGUGCCGCUGCUGCAUCUCACAUACAACACCGUGCUUAUCCAGUUCCAUCGGACUACAUCCCACCACGCAAACAGUCAUGCGAGGAUUGCCUCGAGCGAUAGAGAAAUCUGUGCCGACGCUGCCUCCAACAUCAUCAAGAACUUCCAAUGCUUACGGGAACAUGGCGCCCUCCAAUCUUGCUGGUUUUGGGCGCCCAGUAGUCUUUUCACCGCCAUGCUCCAGAUCAGCGGGGAGUUGAAGUGCCACAACUCCAUCCUCGCCCUGCGGUACCGGGAGAAGUAUGAUUCGGGGCUGUUGUCUCUGCGCAAGCUUAGUCGACACUGGCUGUUUGCAGUCUCGGUCCUGCGCCUCUUUCAGUCCAAUGCCAAUAAACCGGCCGAAAACACCGCCGGUCUUAAUCUAACGUCCCCGUCCUCGGUGAUUGCAAACCAACUGGAGGAGGAUUCGUCUUUGACAUCUGUAUCUCGCGCCGAAGUCAUGUCUACCAGCACGGCCACCGCCGUGCAUUCAACCCUGGGCCAAGUACCGCCUCAAGAGAUGGAGUGGGUGCAACCGCCGACAUUGGGAGACACCAGUGUCGGCAGCAUGCAUUUGGAACUCAAUCGAUGGCAGAACAACCUGAACGAAUGGCAGUCAUUAUAUUGGAGCGACCCGCUGGCCAACAUCAGCCUCGAGGACAUUUUAGGGACAUUUCCCUUGGAAUAA